AUAGCGUCCUGUCACUGCAAAUCACGUUCACCACAAUCAUGUACAAGACCCCCAAAUGCAUACUUCUAGCUAUUUCAGGGAUGUCAAGCUGUUAUUUUCUGAGAUUUGAUUAUUCUUCUCCAAUGCUGUCCAAUUAAAAUUAGUUUUUUUUUGUAUGGGUUGCGACUUCCCUUUUGUAUUUUCUAAAGUUUAAAGAAUAGUUUCGAACUUAUUCUACUUUAAAUAUGUCGCCGCGUGUGUUGAUUCAACUAAUUAUGUCCAAUUGGAGUUGCCGUAGAUACCUCGUUGCAAAUCUACAUUUUCCGUUCUUUUUUUUUCUUCUACUCAACUACAGCCGCUUUGCUAAAUCGUACGUCUUGAACGUGCUCAAACCAGUCAAUAUUUUGACAUCACACAUCAUUAUUACACCUUUGUGACCGAUGAAAGUCAACUCUCGAUGCUCGUCGAAGUUUCUCAGCCUUGCGUAACUUAUCUUAGUUUAGCUUAGCUCGCUAGCCGCUAACAAAGGAGACGAGGUUGUUCUCGACAAAUUAGGUCGGCAGACGUCAAGUGCGAAUUUAAAGUGCCGUCAGUAUUCGUGUGAAAAUGCGCACGGUAAAGACCGAGAAGUACGAAGAGGAGCUUUAUGGAGAGCAAGAAGAGAAGGAGCAACAACGUCAACUGCUGGAUGCUGUUUGCAAGCACCCUCAAGCGGUGAACAAAGCAGACAUCAGUGAAGAAAAUGCUAGUCCUGCGCAGCAGGAGCCAGAGUUCCCUGAAGUAAAGGAGGAGAAGGAGGUGGUGGACCUGAAGGCCUUUCAACUUGACAACUUCCCAUACAUUAAGGAGGAGGAGGAUCUCACAGAGUUGCCGAUGACUGCUGUCCCAUUAAAAAAUGAAGAUGAAGGUCAAUAUGAGGUGAACCGAUGGACAGAACCUUCAAGCUGCAGCUCAAGUCAGCCCAUGAAAACAGAAGGUGAUGGCGAGCACCGUGGAGGAUCACACGCAGACAGCCGCUUCACUCCCGUAUCAGAUAGCGAUGACACAAAGUCCCACACUCCUGACACUGAUGAGUCUGAAGGUGAUGUGACAUGUCACAAUGACAGCAAAGGCUGGAAAUGUUCUCGAUGUGGGAAAACGUUUGGCUACGAGUCCCAUUUGAAAAAACAUAUUCUCUUGCACACUGGGAAACGUUUUCCUUGCACAGUUUGUGGUAAAAGUCUCUCUUCACGGGGCAACCUAAAAGUACACACAAGAAUCCACACCGGAGAGAAACCUUUUUCCUGUUCAUUUUGUGAGCAAAGUUUCACUACUCGUUGCAGCUUAAAAUGCCAUGAAACAAGACACACUGGAGAGAAACGGUUUCCCUGCUCAGUUUGUGGUCACAAUUUCUCGACGCGCGCACACUUAAAAGAACAUGCAGUGUCACACAAGGGAACGAAACCCUUUCCCUGCUCAGUUUGUGGUCACAAUUUCUCAACGCGGGCAACCUUAAAAAAACAUGCAGUGUCACACACGGGAACGAAACCGUUUUCCUGUUCAGUUUGUGGUAAACGUUUCUCUACCAAUAGUUAUUUGAAAGGGCACACAAUGAUCCACACUGGAGAGAAACCUUUUCUCUGUUCAGUUUGUGGUCAAAGAUUCUGUCAACGGAUAACCUUAGAAAACCACAAAAGAACUCACACUGGUGAGAAACCUUUCACAUGCUCAGUAUGUGGGCAAAGUUUCUCUACUCGUUCCAGCUUAAAAAUCCAUGCAACAAGACACACUGGAGAGAAUCGGUUUCCCUGCUCAGUUUGUGGUCGUGAUUACUCGACGCGGGCCAAGUUAAAAACACAUGCAAUGUCACACACAGGAAAGAAACCGUUUGCCUGUUCAGUUUGUGGUAAAAGUUUCUCCACCAAUAGUUAUUUGAAAGUGCACACAAUGAUCCACACUGGAGAGAAACCUUUUCUCUGUUCAGUUUGUGGUCAAAGAUUCUGUCAACGGAUAACCUUAGAAAACCACAAAAGAACUCACACUGGUGAGAAACCUUUCACAUGCUCAGUAUGUGGGCAAAGUUUCUCUACUCGUUCCAGCUUAAAAAUCCAUGCAACAAGACACACUGGAGAGAAUCGGUUUCCCUGCUCAGUUUGUGGUCGUGAUUACUCGACGCGGGCCAAGUUAAAAACACAUGCAAUGUCACACACAGGAAAGAAACCGUUUGCCUGUUCAGUUUGUGGUAAAAGUUUCUCGACCAAUAGUUAUUUGAAAGUACACACAAUGAGCCACACUGGAGAGAAACCUUUUCUCUGUUCAGUUUGUGGUAAAAGAUUCUCUCUCCGGGGAACUUUAGAAAUCCACAAAAGAACUCACACUGGUGAGAAACGUUUUCCCUGCUCAGUUUGUGGUCACAAUUUCUCGACGCGGGCCAACUUAAAAGAACAUGCAGUGUCACACACGGGAACGAAACCGUUUGCCUGUUCAAUUUGUGGUAAAAGGUUCUCUACCAAGAAUUAUUUAAAAGUACACACAAUGAUCCACACUGGAGAGAAACCUUUUCCCUGUUCAGUUUGUGGUCAACGAUUCUAUCGACGGCAACACUUAACGAAUCACACAAGAAGCCACACUGGAUAGAAACCGUUUCCCUGCUCAGUUUGUGGUCACAAUUUCACCGCAAGUUACAGCUUAAAAAAACAUGCAAUCACGCACAGUCGAAAUAAACCGUUUGCCUGUUCAGUUUAAGCCGACGAUUAUAGAGCAGAACUUAAAAAAAAAAAAUAAAGAAAGAAGACAACCAAUAAUGCCCACCGCUAAGGAACACUUUCCAUGCUCAAUUUGUGGCCAACAAUUGUCUGCACAGAGCAAUUCACAUAAAUGCAAAAACCCACUGGUGACAAACUUAUUAACUGCUUUGUCAAUCUUAAAAAGACAUACCGAGGGCAAUUAGCAACUCUAAGCUAGUUCAAAAAACAAUGGGUCAAAAAUGACAGUUUGGGUGUAUAUUUAGGGUUGCACUACUGUCCGUGUUUUAUGUUGUGUUUAUUAUUUUACUUUAUGUUAACUGUUUUGUUCAGCGCGUUGUUACAGUUGCAGCUGUCGUGAAAGCGCGAUAUGAAUCAGCAUGUAUUUUAUUGUAUGAAAUGGGGUAAAAAAUGUCAGCCACAUUGGUUCUGGUGACUAUGUCACAGAGAAUGGUGACAGUCUUGUAUUUGGCUAAAGACUUGAAAUUCGUUCAUUUGUGUACCGGUAAUGUAUUUUACUCAACUAAAAGGUACAGGGACUAAUAAAUACCUAUAUCUUUUCAGGGAGUAUGGCCAGUUGCUCUUUAGGACAGGGAAAGCAACAGAGAAAGUACACUGUAAGACAAGUAUUGGAACAAGAUGAAGCUGAUGAUAGUGACUUUGGCGCAGAAUUGGACAGCGAUAGUGAUUCGGAUGAAUUGUUUCAACCGCAUGAAAGUGAGGGUG